AUGGCAUCCAUAUUCCAGGCAUUACCGCAGCUGCGGACGGCUGCACCACGCCUCUCGAGACGGCUGUUCGUUGCCAAACCGUGCAUCAAUUCGCCCAUUCGCCCCGCCGUGUUCGUCUCGCGAUGCACUACACCCCGGCCGGCCAUUCUGCAGGCGGUGCGCUGGAAGUCCACGCAGCCGCUGCAGAACACUGCGACCAUCGAGGCUGCAGGCCGAGCAGCGAUCGUGGAGGCAGCCGCUAAAGCCGACACCCACAGCAACGCCCAAUCGAGUAGUUAUCCCAAGACAACAUCGAAGAGCGUGGCAUACUGGUUACUGGGGAGCGCUGCAAGCGUUUUUGGCAUUGUCAUCUUUGGAGGCCUUACACGACUCACCGAAUCUGGACUGAGUAUCACCGAAUGGAAGCCUGUCACUGGUUCACUGUGGCCUGGGAGCCCGGAAGCUUGGGAAGAGGAGUACACGAAGUACAAGUCGUCGCCCGAGUUCGCCAUGCUCAACUCCAGCAUGACUCUCUCCGAAUUCAAGCAGAUCUAUUUCAUGGAAUGGGCCCACCGUCUGUGGGGCCGUGUCAUCGGUGUUACCUUCCUCGUUCCUACCAUCUACUUCAUCGCCCGCAAACGGGUCAACGUUCCCACAGCCUUCAAGCUCGUUGGUAUCUGCGGUAUGAUCGGCUUCCAAGGCUUCAUCGGCUGGUGGAUGGUCAAGAGCGGACUCAAGGACGAUCUCUUCGAGCCUGGUAGCCACCCUCGUGUGAGCCAGUACCGUCUGACUACCCAUCUCGGUGCUGCGUUCCUCGUCUACUGCUCCAUGGUCUUGACUGGUCUCAACAUUCUGAGGGAUCACCGCAUGCUUGCCAACCCCGCUGCAGCUGCAGAGUCCAUCAAGGCUUUGCAGUCGCCUGUGCUGAAAGUGUUCCGUCGCUCUGUUGUCGGCCUCACCUUACUUGUCUUCACCACCGCCAUGUCAGGUGCCCUUGUUGCUGGUCUCGAUGCCGGUCUGAUCUACAACGAGUUUCCUUGGAUGGGCCUUGGCCUCACACCACCCAAGAAGGAGCUCUUUGACCCCUGGUACAGCCACGUUCCGGACCAGUCCGACCUCUACUGGCGCAAUGCGCUUGAAAACCCUUCGCUGGUUCAGCUCGACCACCGCAUUCUCGCGACUAGUACUUUCACGGCCAUCAUGGCACUCGUGGCAUAUACUCGUUUCUCCAAGGGCGUUCGCGCCACCAUUCCCAAAGACGCCAAGAAAGGCGUUCUCGGUAUGGUUCACCUCGUCACCCUGCAAGUCACCCUCGGUAUUAGCACCCUGAUCUACAUGGUUCCCACUUGGUUGGCAUCUGCUCAUCAGGCCGGUGCUUUGGCUCUGCUCACUGGCGCUGUUGUGCUUUACAGCAGGAUCUCAAUGCCACGCCGUGCCAUCCUCAACCAGGUCAUGAAGCAGGGCGUCCCGAGAACGCACCCUGUACCACACAUCAACGCUCGCGUUGAAGCCGCGAAGUCUGCCCAGAAAAACUUGUAA